AUAGGGGGUCCGAGUUUGUGUUUAUGAAUAUUAGGAACGUGGAAAGUUACUGAAUGGUUUCCUUGUUUACGCAACGCGUUCUUUUUCGUUUCUUCAGUUAUGUACAAGAGUUAUGUUUCGCUGUCAGAUGAAGGUAGUACAAUCAGUCAUUGUGUAUUCAAGCCAUUACAGAGCCUUAUCAGUGAUGCUGGAAUUUAUGCUUACUGCGCUAUAUGUGCUAAAUCUUUACACGAUCUCUUCAGUGAAGACUGGAACAGGGAUUUCAGGGAACAAUGCUUAUCACGUUGUAUAGCUCGUGUUGGUUUACCAGACCAGGUAAAGCCAACUAUGCAUGCACUUUUGAAUGGAGAGGGAUGUGAAUUUGAACCUUUGAUAUCUGUUCUGAAGAAAGAACCUGCUCUAAAUGGAAAUUGUUUAAGAGUUAUUGAAGAUAUGGUAUUAUUUGCUGUUGAAGAAGGUGUUUAUGAUGCUCGUAUGAGAGUUCUCAUUCAGCAUAUGGCAUGGCUUCUCCGUGUUCCUUUGCCUUUAGUUGAAAUAUAUGAAGAAUCUGUUGUGGAUAGACUUUCUCAUGAAAUGCAAGAAAUAUCUGAGGAUGAGCAGAAAGCUAAUGCAAGACGUCAGCGAAAUAAGAAAAUCAAGCGUUAUCUGCUAGUUGGUUUAGCAACUCUUGGAGGAGGGGCUGUUUUGGGUUUGACAGGGGGGUUGGCUGCUCCAUUCAUGGCUGCUGGUGCAGGAGCAAUCAUAGGUGGAGCUGGUGCUGCAGCAUUAGGAUCUGCUACUGGUGUUGCAGUCAUUGGGUCUCUGUUUGGCAUGGCUGGUGCUGGUUUGACAGGAUAUAAAAUGCAAAAAAGGGUUGGUGAUAUUGAAGAAUUCAUGUUUGAUACUUUGACUGAUGGCCAGCAGUUACAUGUUACUUUAGCUGUUUCAGGGUGGUUAUCUGAAGAGGAUAAAGAGGCAUUUCAAGAGCCUUGGCGCACUCUUAUGCAUUCCAGAGAACAGUAUUGUUUAAGGUAUGAAUCUACAUAUCUUCUACAGUUGGGUCGAGCUAUGGAUUAUCUGUUCAGUUUUGCUGUUUCAAUGGCUGCGCAGGAAGCUCUGAAAUAUACAAUUUUAUCAGGUAUUAUUACUGCUAUAACGUGGCCAGCAGCUCUAAUCACUGUUGCUGGAGUUAUUGACAAUCCAUGGGGUGUAUGCAUUAGAAGAUCUGCUGAAGUAGGACGCCAUCUUGCUGAUGUGUUACUUGCAAGACAGCAGGGUAAAAGGCCGGUAACUUUGAUUGGUUUUAGCCUUGGUGCAAGAGUUAUAUUUUACUGUUUGCAAGAAAUGGCUAAAAGAAAAGGUUCUGAAGGUAUUAUUGAAGAUGCUAUCUUAUUAGGUGCUCCAGUAUCUGCCCAUGUGCAAAGUUGGAAAGAUUUUUCAAAAGUUGUAAAUGGUAAAAUUGUUAAUGGAUAUUGCAGUGGAGAUUGGUUACUGAAAUUUUUAUAUCGUACAUCUUCUGCAACAAUGAAAAUUGCUGGAUUGCAGCCAAUUAAAUGGGAUGACAGAAGAAUGUGCAAUGUUGAUUUGAGCAGUGUGGUAUCUGGUCAUAUGGAUUAUGGAAACAAAAUGGAUACAAUCUUAAAAGCUGUUGGUGUUCGUACUACAGACGAAAUUAUUGAUGAAUCAAGACUAAGAAAAUCUCGUUCUGAUUUACCUAAAGUUCGGCGAAUGUCCAGUGCCAAGAGAUUAAAGCUGAAAUCAAAAUCUGACAGUGACAUCUUUUCUAUACAUAGCAUUCCUUUGAUUCCUGCCUCCUGUAUGCAGAGGGAUAGAUCUCAAUCACUAGAUAGUGUUCUGAGUCAAUCAAGUACCUCCGCAUCUUUAAAUCCUGAGGACUUCAAAACUUCAGAUUUGAGAUUAUCACCAUUGUUUUUUAAUGCUCCAAAAACUGAGAAAAGCUUCAACCUUAAAGCAGAAAUUUCUCAAGAUACAAAUAUUCUUGUUCCUGAUACAUGGAACUGGAAUGCAUGGGAAAAUGUAGAAUGAUUAUGUUUAAUGUUUUGAAAUAUAUUUUGCAAUGUUAAAAUGUUCUAAAAUAUUUUAGUGUUAAAUUAAUAUAGUUGUGUUAAUCAUAAAUAUAAAAAUUUUUUGUUACUGAUGUUAUAUACAUAUAUACAUAGUUCAAAUGAAUCAAACUUGUAAAUUAAGAAAAAUGUGUGUUUAAUAUUUACUAUUAAAACUUUAGUUCUAAAUAAUUUUUAUUACUUCCUAAUUUUCUUAUAUUCAUAUCAAAACAACAUUUUCCACUUUUUAGAAAAUAUUUUUGAUGAAUAUUACAGAAUUUUAAGGUGAUUGUUAUGAAAUGUAAUAUUGAAUAACUGAGAUAAGGCAGUUUGAUUUUUUAGUUUAUUUAUUUUAGUAACUGCCAGAAUAUUAAAGAUCUACACAUAAACUGAAGUAAAAUAUGAAUAUGUAACAGUAUUUUCAUGUCAGAUCGUAUCAGAAUGAGAGUCUCUAAAAUUGUCUUUCUCAAUGUAAUUACUAAUGCAAGUUUUGCUGCUUUGCUAAGUGUGAUUUUCAUAAUAAAUACAGUUGAUUAUUUAUUUUUGUUUAAAAAAUCAUGUGAAAUUUUAUGUGUAAACUAUCCUAAGUUAUUCUCUGAUAUAAUUUAAGAAAUUUUGUAAUAUAAUAUGUAUAUAUUAUUAUUAUGAUUUAUGCUUUGCUGUAUUAUUAUUAUAAGUUGUGAUAGUACAACAAAAGUAUCAUUUAUUAAAUAUUUGAUUUAAUGUCAACUUAAUUGUAGUGUUAUAUCUCUUUUUAUGUAAUCCUGAAAUUUAACUAUUUUUUAACUGAUGAACUUUCAAAGUUUAUACACUCUUUUAAAAAGAGAAUAGGAGAAAAAAUAAUUUCUGAAAAUUUCAUUAUGAAACCAAAUUUAUAGUACAGAUUCUAAAUCUCAUAUGAGUAGUAUUUAUUUUUUUAAUAAAGGGAGGAAAUACUUAAAAUUUGCAGGGAAAAUCAUCAGUCUCUUCAUUAUGUGAUUUAACUGUUGAUGAUAACUAUAAUGAAGAAUUUAAAAAAUAAGUUCGAUAAGGAGUUUCUCAUAAACGUAUAAAACUGCUCUUUAUGCUUUAACAUAUAAAACUGCUCUUUAUGCUAAUAUGAAUCUGUUAAAAGAAUUAUCUUUAGUUUGUCCUUAAUGACCUGUUUGUUUUAGGAUUAAAGUUUUUAAAUUAGGAAGUUAGCCCAAAAUUUUAUCCUAAAUCUCACUUAAUUGUAAACUACCAUAUUUAUUUUAAAAGUUUGAAAAUAGUUUUUGUUUUUUAAAUUUUCAUGAAAAAUUUAAAAUCUUUACUCUGUUUUAUAGGUAUGUUGUUAAAAUAGAUGAUCUAAAAUACAUUAAAGACUUUUAUAUGAUCUUCCCUCCUCCUUCUAUUAUACAAAUUUUUGUGUUAUUUGUUCAGUAGUAAUAUUCAUUCUAUAAAUUGUAACUACUUUUGCUUUUUUUUGUUAUACAUAAUUCUGUUUUCUAAAUCACCAAUUUAUCAUUCUACCCCCCAAAGGUGUUUAGUUAGUGAGUAUCUACUUUUAGAAUUAAAAAAUUUUUAAAAUGUAUAUUUUCUUAUUGCUGUAAAUUUAAAAAUACAUUUCCGUAUUGCAUUAUGAAAGUGUAAAAAAAUAUCUGUAUUUCAUUAGUUCAUUGCUAAGUAGUAUUUAAAAUUGUAUGUCAAGGAGUAAAUGCUAGUUUUAUUAUUAUUAUUAUUAUUAUUAUUGUUUUUUUUAGCAAAAUAUCAUAUAUUUAGAUGAUAAAUGUUACUCUGUUAAAUCUGGCAGGGUUAAAUGAAGGCUUUAUUCUGCAUUUACAGAUGAUAAUUACAUCACUUUGAUAUGUAAAUAGGUUAUAAAAAGUAUUUGUGAUCUCCUGAUUUUAAAACAUUAUUAAAUAUAAUACAGAUUAUUAAGAAUAUAUGCAUAUUCAUGUAUAUUUUACUGUAUUGGAUAUUAGGUUUUAAAUGAGCCUAUUAUUUUGAUAAAAGAAAGUAAAUGUAAUAUAUUUUUAUUCUAGGAUGUUGCGUAAUAAAUACAUUUAUCAAGAAGUUGAAUUUAUAUUUUAUUAUUUAAAUAAAUCUGCAAGAUAAAUUUAGUUUUGUUCACAUAGAGAAAUGCAGUAAUAUCUCAAUUUUAUGGUUAGAAGAAAAUAUGAAUUUUUUAAUAUUUAGCAGAAGUUAGGCAGAAAUACAUUAUAUCAAUAAUUAUUUUCAGACUAGCAUAGGCAGAAAUAUUUAAUAUUGUGAUCCAAUAUUUGUCAUUAUAUAUCAUACAGUGUAAAGAAUAAAUAUAUAGCAUUUUUAUAACAGUGUUCAAGAAAAUAGGGCAGAAAUAUACACAGGCAUUGUUAGAAAUAAGAUAAUGGUCUUUUGCAAUUACAUCUAAAAAAUUGCAUUAGAAGUUGGUUUCAUUGCAAUUAUUGUUUUAUAUUUUGACAUUGCAAUAUGAUUCUUGCAACCUCUGUCUCUAAAAAAAGUAGCUAUUGUAUCACCAUCUAGCCCUUGUUUAGCCAUCUAAUUUAAUCUAAAUUCUUAAAUCUCAAAUAAAUGCUGGAUAUUGGAGGACGAGAAGCUUACACCUACUUACCUCUGGUAGACACCUAGUCCCCCCUCCUCUGUUGUUGGCUUCAGACAUGUUAUUGUGCUGCAUUGUUUUCCUUAUGGAAGGUUUAGUUUCUGUUAAUAUAAAUAUUGUUUCUAUUAUAUUAAAAAUGUACACCAUUCUAAUGUAAUUUUUAAGAUUUGACUAUAUUUCAGUAAAUUGCAACAUAUUUAUCUAUUUUCAGAAGUGCUUGGGGAUGUGAUAGAAACCAGCUAUCUAAUGUAAUUUUAAUGGCAUGAUUAUGUUUUAACAAAUUAUAAUAUGCUUUGUCCUGUUAUUAGCAGUGCUUGUGCUAUAUUUGUUCAGUUCCUUCAUAAUAAUGCCAUGAAAACAGUCAGGUUCUUAAUCUCCAUCCUGUAUAUUUAUAGGCUGUCUUCCACACAUGACACAAUCAAAACUGAAGUGCAUUUUAUAUUCAUAUAAAUGUGUAUGCUUAUAAGAUUACCAAAUUCCAGUUUUUAUGUACGACACAUUAAGAAUGUUUUCCGUCAUUUUUAUUUUACUAUAUUUAUUAUGACAGCAUAUUAGAAGUUUUUCAAGAAAAUUCCAAGUACAGGUAAUCCUCAACUUAUGAUGAAUGCAAUUCCUAUGGUCCCAUUGUAAAUCAAAUCUGAUGUAAGUUGGAAUCUUACUUUACUCUCGAUAGCUUUCAUAAUAUUUUAUAAAAGUAGGCUUUCUCUUAACAUAAAAUGGGCCUAGGAAUAUAUAAACUGAUGUAACACUUAUAAACAAUUUCUUUUCAUGGCUAUUCACUGCAUACAUAAAUAUUUGAUAAAAUUAAGACAUAUUCUUCUUUUAUAACAGCUAACAUGAACAAAAACAUUUGUGAUUUCUUCGACUAAAAACAAGAGAUCAGUAAUUGAUACUCAUAUGGAUGAUUUAUUGCAACCAGUAGUUUCUUAAAUCAAAAAAUUUUAUUCUGUUAAUUUUUUUUUUUUUUCCUUAAAUUUCCAUUUUCUGUCAUAUGGGUUGUGAUAACAUCCAACUGCAUUUCAAAUUUGUGUUUCAACUUUGGUGAAAUUAUUAGUACUUUGAUUUAUACUUUUCACUAACUGAAGUCCUUGAUUUAAUUUUUAAAAUGCUUCAGAUAAUCCUUUUACAGUAAACUUUUGCCAGUAAAGAUAUUUUAUGUCUGCACAUUAUUCUACUACUUAAGAAGCAAAUAAUGAAAAAUAGACAAACAUAGUCAAAGAUAACAUACUUUGUUUUCAGGCACAGUGACAUUUUAACUGUCAUAUGACAUUGCAUGAACAGAAACAAUGCUUAUGUGCAAUGCUGGUAGUAAAUUUAAAUCAGAGGACUUCAAGUUUCUGGCUAUCAUAAAUGUGAGCUGUUGUAAGUCGAGGGCUACUUGUACUAAUUUUUUUUUUUUUUUUUUUUUUUUUUAAAUAUUUGUAUACACUUUUAUUUAAUUUAUUGUGGGAACAAUCUGAAAUUCUUACCACUGUGAACUGAUGUACCUUUGCUUACAUAUCAGUCUUCAGAUAGUACUAUUGAAGAAUGACUUAGUGUAUCAUUCAUUUUUGUAUAUAUGCAGCUGAUUAAUAUAGUAUAAUUCAUCAGUGGAUUCUUGAAAACAAUAAUUAAAUUGAAUUUAGAUAAAAUUAAGUGGCUAUGUCAUUAUGCUUAUUAUGCCAUCUUUUUAUUUUUCUGUGCAGUAUUUUAUUUUCAUUUGUUUAUAAGUCAAAAUCUUUAUAGUAGUUUUUGUAGAUAAAUUUCACUGAUUUUAGCAGUACUGCAGUAUUUGACAAUAUUGUUUUAUAUAGCUCAGAGAUAAUUUAGCUAACUUUUCUAUUGAAAUGUUUCUUGCUUUGUAUUCAUAGCAUAGAUCAUUCAUAAUGUAAAUAUUUUGCUUGUGUCAAAAAUUAUAUAAGGAUACUUUUUUUGUAGCAAUAAAUUAUGAUAAAAUUAUUUAUUUCACAUAAGUUGCAUGUUGUUUAGUUACAACACUGUAUUUUAAAGUAAUGUCAUUAAAUGGAAGUAUUUGAAUGAUCUCUUCAUGUAUAUCUUUCAUUAAAUACCCCAAAUAUUUAUAAAAAUAUAUUUUAUUAUUUUAUAAAAGCUAUUGAUGUAUAGUUCAUAUUUUCUUAAUUGCCAGUUACUGAUAAAUAAUAAAACAAAGCAGUGUGUUUUCUGAAAUAUAUUGUUAUUAAUUAAUUAAAUGUAUAUAAUGCAAGUGAUGUUUUGUGUCUGAUUUUUGUACGAGAUUGAUAAUGAUGCACAAUUUUUUCAAGUUCUUGGCAGCAAGUUAAUUUAAAUUCAGAAAAUAUGGAUAACUUCUUUUUAUUAUCUUGUAUACAUUUAAAGGCCUUUUAAGCGACAAAGUAUAAUAAUAAUCUGUUAUGUUAAAUGAAAUUCGUAUAAAAAUUAUUAUUAUGAAUUAAUUUUAAAAUUAAUAAUAUUAGUUCCCAUGUGCCUUACAAUACCUUUCUGUUCAAUUUUGUUAUGUGUUAGAAAUGAAGUGCUUUUGAUGUCAUUCAGCUUUAUUUCAUCUUCUAUUUUAUUGAGACUGAAUAAUAAACCAUAAUAAAAACAAUACUUUAUCAGAAAAGCACAUCAUACUUGUGUUUUUGAAGGGGUAAACCUCUUAGUGUUUGGUAUUAUUUUUUUAAUUGUGCAAAAUUUAUUUUCCUUCAUACUUUCUGCAUAUUUUAGUAAAAUAAUGACUUUCUCGGGUUAUAUCUGUGUGGGUUAAAAGCAUUGCCAAUUAUACAAUUUAAUAUGAUAGGUCAAAUUUUGCAUAACUUGUAUAUUAUUUUGAGAUCAGUAUUACUUUAGGGAGUCACAAACAUAAUGCAUCACAUACAUAUCACAUAAAUAAACAGCACAAAAAUAGUUACGAAAUGUCAGUGAUUCUCUCUCCCAUCUUGGUUUUAACCUAAUUAGCAUGUAUUAUGAGCAACACAUUUUUUUAGAAUUUUUUUCUUUAAGUUAAAAAUUAGUUAGCUCUGUUUAUCUCUUCAUUAAUGUCAAAAUGAAUAAAAUUACUGCGACUUUAAAAUAUGUCUUUUGAUAGCAAUUGUUUUUAAAAUUUUAUCACUACAUCUUGGUUUUAACUCUUUAAUAUGAGAAAUAUUUCUGAAAACUUAAAUGUUGAUAGUGCUAUCAUAUUGAUAUAGGGUUUCUGUUUCAAAAUUUUUUUACUCCCAGACAGAUUUUUUUAGUUGAGAACUGUGUUUAUAUUUCCUUUUCACUAACCAUUUACAUUUCCUUGUUUUGACAUUUGAUUUUUACAUUGGACUUUCUAAAUAGUUUAAUUACUAUUCUUUGAAAUUCACAAUAAUUUCUUUCAGUUUUAGUGGUUUUUUUUAAAUAAUCUUCAAUUAUAAAUAUGAACUAUAAAAGCAUUAAAUUAUGAUAAUGUUUUCAUGACUUUAUUUUGAAUCUACUUUAAUAUAGCUUGAAAAAAUUCUGUCUGGAUGUUGAUGGAUUAUAACCAUCUUUAGGAAAUUUGAGUAGGAAAAUAUUUUGUUAUUCUUUUAUGUUAUUCAAUAAUUUACUCUAGCAAAAAUUUGUUUUUCGUUGUCGCAUUCUAAUAUUAUUGGGAUGUGAUGUGGAUUGUGGUCAUAUGCCAGCUGAUUUUGCUGCAGAAUUAUCAUUUCGUUUCUUCUGAAGCUCAAAAUUUAUACUGGUUCCAUUACUUUGGUUAAAGUAAUUUAAAUUUUGUUUGUAGUUAUUUUAAUAGCAGCGUAAGCAGUUAAAUAUUAAGAAGGCAUUCAUGACGAUUUUGUAUUUAAUACUCUGAUUUUGAUUAUAUUGUCUGUUACUUAAAUCAUAUAAUAACAAAACAUGUUGUCAUAAAUUUGAAAAAAAGGAUUGUAAAUUGCAUAAAUUAAAAAAAUGACAUAGUUUUUUUUUUCAUUGCAUUGAUUUAAAAAAAUAAUAUGUCACUGAAUCCUCCAAAGAUCCCUGAAUUCUAAAGUUCUUAGAAUCCCCAUGAGAGAAAAACUUUCCGGUUAUAAUUCCAAAGUGAAUCUGCCCUUGAUAAAUAGACAUUUUUUCUUUGUAGUCUUCAAAUGAAAUGACGUGAUGUAUUUUAAAUUGCACAUUAGAAGAGGGGGAGAAAUCUUGUUGAAUUGAUACUUGUAGGGUUUUUAACAAUACUUAUUGUAUUCUAUAAGUAAUUGUUAAUAAUUUAUCUAGAGUUUAAGAUAUAUUAAGAACAAGGUCAAAAAUAGAUGCAUUUUCUUGCAUAAUAGCUCUGCAGUAUUAGGAUACUGGGACCAUUACCUCGAUUAUGUCUUCCAUAUUCAGAAUAAAAUUAGAUGUAAACAUAACUUAUAACUAAAAAUAUGUACAAAUGCUACUUAUAGAAUAGUAAUAAAUUAUACAGAAGUAUAAAAUGAGAUUUCAGUGAAAGUAAAUAUUCGUUUUACUGAUGGAUUUUUAAUCAUGCAAUAUAAUUUUAUAUGAGAAAAAAUAUCUAUUUUGCUGUUGAUUGAAUAUGAAUGUUGUUGUGAAAGUUUUUAGACUUAUUGAGUCAUGUUUCAGUGAUUAUUAUAAAAGCGAAUUAACUAAUAUUGAUUUUAAUAAUAUAUAAAUAUUUCUAAAUGAUUAAAAUUCUUGCUGAGAUAUUUGUUAUCUGGAGUGUUUUAUUUUCUUUGAUUUAUAAGGGUUCUUUGUUUAAAAGUUAAAAAAAUAUUAUGAUUGAAUAAUAUUUAGGCUCAAUAAAUCUUAAAACUGGUAUAUUAUUUGUUGUAAAUGAAUGUUGUAUGUGUGUCUCUCUCUCCCUAUAUAUGUAUAAACAUGAAAUGUAAUAUGAGAUUAAGGACUUUGUGUAAAAACAAUCCAUUGAAUUAGAUUCUCGGAUUCAUUUGUAUGUAUAUUAUGCCAUUCAAAAUUUAUUUAUUCAAUGUAUGUCUGUUAUUGAGGAAAGACUGAAAAAAUAGUGAUUGAUAGGGCUUGCAAAAUAUUGUUAAUAGUACCUGUUGAAUAAUUCAAUGUAUUUAAAAAAUAUAUAAUUGCAGAUAGCCUGUCGGUUUCUCUUUAAUGAAAAUCGGAACAUUAUUAUGAAAUAUAUCUUUCUUUAGAUUCAACAUAAAAGUUUCAAGCUGAAUCGUAAUUGCAACUGUGUAUUGUUUACAAUUCUGUCACAAAUGUGAUAGCAAAAUCUUUUAUAUACAUUAUGAAUUGAAAAAAAAAAUGCAUUAAUAUUUUGCAAGAAUAUUUUAAAAGAAUUAAAUAAUAAUUUUUUAAUAUAAAAAUGAUAAUUUUAGUUUUGAAUGUCAUUUCGAAAAUAAAGGUUUGUGAUAAUAAUCAUUUAAAUAAUCAAAAUAUUUUCUAAGUGAUUUUAAAAAUUUUUGUAUAUUAAGUACAUUUUUUGUUUAUUGGAUGGGGUGGGGUAUAGAAGGAUAAUAAAAAACUGGAAAUCA